GCUGGAUGGAAGGAAAACCACGCAACAUUUAUGAAUGAACUGAAAAAUCUUCAGGCUUCAGGACUAACAACCCUUGGUCAGGCACUCAGGUCAUCGUUUGACUUGUUAAAUCUCAAUAGAUUAGUGUCUGGAAUAGACAACUAUGGACAGGGAAGGAAUCCGUUCUUUUUGGAGCCAUCUAUUUUGAUUACUAUCACAGACGGAAACAAACUGACAAAUACGGCUGGAGUUCAAGAGGAGCUUCAUCUUCCUUUGAAUUCUCCUUUGCCUGGAAGUGAACUAACCAAAGAACCAUUUCGUUGGGAUCAAAGGCUGUUUGCUCUAGUGCUGCGUUUGCCAGGAGCUGCCUCUUCUGAACCGGAGCAGCUCGGGAGUGUGCCUACUGAUGAGUCUGCUAUCACACAGAUGUGUGAAGUGACAGGAGGUCGUUCUUACUGUGUUCGGACACAAAGAAUGUUGAAUCAGUGUUUAGAAUCUCUCGUUCAAAAAGUCCAAAGUGGAGUUGUUAUUAAUUUUGAAAAGUCAGGACCGGAUCCAGCUCCUAUUGGAGAAGAUGGACUCGUUGAUUCAUCCAGGCCCAUCAAUUCAUUUGCUUCUCAGCCGUGGCAUAGUUGUCAUAAACUCAUUUAUGUACGGCCUAACCCUAAAACUGGGGUUCCUGUUGGGCAUUGGCCAAUCCCAGAGUCUUUUUGGCCUGAUCAGAAUUCACCGACACUGCCUCCGCGCACAGCUCACCCCAUAGUGAGGUUCUCCUGUGUUGAUUGUGAGCCAAUGGUAAUAGACAAGCUUCCUUUUGACAAGUAUGAGCUUGAGCCUUCACCCUUAACACAGUACAUCUUGGAACGAAAGUCUCCUCAUACCUGCUGGCAGGUAUUUGUGAGCAGCAGUGGAAAAUACAGCGAACUUGGCCACCCAUUCGGGUAUUUAAAAGCAAGCACUACUUUAACCUGUGUAAACCUCUUUGUGAUGCCUUACAACUACCCUGUUUUACUUCCAUUGUUAGAUGACUUGUUUAAGGUUCACAAACUUAAGCCAAAUCUGAAGUGGCGACAGGCUUUUGACAACUACUUAAAAACCAUGCCUCCUUACUACUUACUGCCAUUAAAGAAAGCCCUAAGGAUGAUGGGAGCUCCAAAUCUGAUAUCAGAUAAUUUAGAUUGUGGACUUAGUUACAGUGUUAUCUCUUACCUUAAAAAACUCAGCCAACAGACAAAAAUAGAGUCGGAACGGAUAAUAGGUUCAGUGGGUAAGAAAGUUCCACAAGAAAUUGGAAUAAAAGUGAAAAAUCACUCCAGUGGCCUCUCCUUGGUACACAGUAGGGAUUUUAAGCAACUGCUGCAAGGCAUCACUGGGGAAUCUCCACUGAGACUGGCGGAAAUGAAUGUUAAAGAGUUUGCUGGCUUCCACAUAGGACUUCUAAACAAGGAUUUGAAGCCACAGGCAUUCAGAAAUGCAUAUGAUAUUCCUCGUCGCAGUCUUCUAGACCAGCUAACUAGAAUGAGAACUAAUCUUCUGAAAACACACAGACUUAUCUUGGGGCAGGAUGAAGACUGCCUUCAUAGCGUUCCUGUUGCUCAGAUGGGAAAUUACCAGGAAUACUUGAAAAUGAUGCCUUCACCCCUUCGGGAGAUUGACCCAGAUCAACCAAAAAGACUUCAUACAUUUGGCAAUCCAUUUAAGCAGGAUAAGAAGGGUAUGAUGAUUGAUGAAGCAGAUGAAUUUGUCACUGGGCCUCAGAAUAAGAUAAAGCGUCCUGGAGAGCCCAAUACUCCGGCGUCACUCAAGAGAAGGCGUAGCAUGUCACCGCUACUGAGACGGCCACAGUCGCCACCCGUUGUAACCAAUCAUGUCGGUGGGAAAGGACCACCGGCUGCUUCUGGAUCUCCAUCAUAUCUGAACCUCAAAGGUGUCCCAGUGAAUAAAGAUACCAGUAACAGUGUUGUCCAAGAUGGCAAUGGAGAGAAGAAAGCAGAAAACUGUCAGUCACUGGAAAAGCAAAUUGAUGGCUUACCUGUGCAAAUGGCUCCGUCGGUUCCAGCUGCCAUGGGAGAGGAUGAAAUGUUACCCAAUGACUUGGACUCUCUACCUGUUGAAUUCAAUUGUUUAAGUGAAGAUGGGUUGGAUCACAAACCUGGUACCAACGCACUUGUUCGAGGGCCUCUAAAUUACAGCGUGACUGGAGAUGACCAAAAACGGGCGAUGGAGUCUACUUCUGAAUCUGUGCCAAAUUCGUUUAAAAUAACACCUAUGAUGUUGGAGGGAAGCAAUGCUGAUAUCAAAAUUAAAGUGAUGAAAGAGGUUCGCAAACCUGGAAGAAAUUAUGAAAAAAUUUUCACUCUUCUUGAGGAGGUGCAAGGACCUAUGGAAAUUCAGAAGUAUUUCAUUGAAUUUGCUAUCAAGGAAGCAGCAAGGUUUAAAAAACGGGUCUUAAUACAACACUUAGAGAGAAUACUAGAGGAAGUAGAGUUGAACAGCCUACCCAACAGAGUUAAUCAUGUCAACAGUAGAUAAUAAUGAACCAGCCAGACGAAUAUGGACCAGGAAGGAGUUUGCUGUGCCGCAGAAGAGUGGAAGAGGAUGUAGCUGCUGCCCUCACCAUCUUGGCAGUCAAGUGAUUUUACUGUCACAGUCUGAGAAGAAGCAGAGGAGCUUUAACUUUAAGAACCUCUAUCGGCAGAAGCUGGGCUAUAACCUUAAGGAUUUGCUAUGAAAGGUGUGGCUUUUUCCUGUGGAGGGUGCUAUUUGCUCAACAGGCUGAAGAAAAUAACCAUUGCUGCCCCUCCUGCAGGUGAUGAGAAUUUACUCAUUUGAACGCUGUCAUUAGACAUUUACGUGCUAUAGGCAGCAGGUUGCACUAAAAUGGGGCACUGUCGAAUGCACACACAGUCUGCAUCGUGGAGAGAGCCCGUGUGUUCCCAAAAAAAAAAAAAUACCCUCCCAGAAACACCUGCACUGGUAAAAUUGCAUGUUGCCACCACAGAGACGAGGGUCUUGUUCCCGAGAACUGCUAGCCAUGCCUUUAAACUUGAGAUUCAGUGUAGAUUGAGAGUAAAGAAACUGCUAUUGUGUUAAUGAAAGCUAAAGACAGCCCUGUGACUGUUACCACCUGAUGGUCACUAAACAAUCUACCUCAGACUCUCUUCUGUUUUGUCUGCAGACAUUAUGAAAGUGCACCUGAGGCUUCCCAGGUCCCCGACUUCAGUUCUCUUUCAUCCUGUGAGGAGGACGGAGAUUCUUCAGGUGGCCUUGGCACACGCUGUGCUUUGGAAGCACUAAAAGGAAACGCUUUUAAAAACGUGUAUUUUAAUGUUCAUACAAAAGAGAUUAUUUUGAACAGUAUUGUUACCAGAUCACUAAUUUGAUAUUUUAACUGUAUACAUUUUUUGGAACAUAUGUAUAUAUAAAAUAAACCAUUUUAUUAAUUUUUAAUAA